AUGAACCCUGCGUAUCUCGACGCUGAAUGCGCCGACUGCGGGCACUUCGAGCUCAACCGCAAGUGUCGUUGGCUCGCUGAGAUAACGUCGGCUGCUUCUAUAACCACGACCACUGCGCCUGUGACCAAGAACUCGACUACUGAGAUCACAACUACUGCGCCUGGGACCACGACUGCUCCGCCUGCGAAUACGACUGCUACACCUGCGACUACGACUGUGCCUACGAACAUGACGACUGCGCCUGCGACCACGGCUACUGCGCCUGCACCAGUGACCGCGACAACCGCGCCUGUGACUACGAUAGCCCCAUUUGCGACUGCGACUACUCCGCAUACGUUCACAGCAUCGGCACUUGUGACCACGACUGCUGAGCCUGUGAUCAUGAGGACUGUCCCUGUGUCCACGAACGCGAUUCCUGAGAUCACGACUAUAGCGAUCGUGACCACGAUGGCUUCGCCUGCGACAGCACCUACUGAUUAUGCGAUCACAACAUUGGCCCCAGUGACCACGACUGCACCGCCUACGAAAACGACGACUACUUCUGUGACCGCGGCUGCUGCGACUGCGACUACUGCACCAGUGACCGCGACAACUGCGCCAGCGUCCACGACUACUCCACCUACCACCUUGACUGUUCCGCCUGCGACCACGGCUACUGCGUUAGUGACCACGAAUGCUCCGCAUGAGAGCGCGACUGCUGCGCCGGCGACCACGACGACUGUGCUAGGGACCAUGAAUGCUCCUCCUGACAGCACGAACGCGACCCCUGAGAUCAUGACGACUGCGCCCGUGGCCACGAUUGCCCCGCCUGCGACCGCGAUUACUGCACUUGCGAUCACAACAUCGGCACCAAUGAUCACAGCUGCUCCGCCUGCAACUACGACUGAUGCACCUGCGAACACGACGACUGCACCUGUAAACGCAGCUGCUGCGCCUGCGGCCACGAUUGCUGGACCAGUGACCGUGACAACUGCGCCAGCGACCCCGACUACUGCACCUGCGAUUACGACUACUGCACAUCUGACCACAACCGCUCCUCAUGUGACCGCGGCUGCUGCGCCUGUGCUUGCGACUGCUGUACCAGUGACCGCGAUAACUGCGCUAGCGACCACGACUACUCCACCUACCACCAUGACUGCCACGCCAACGACCGCGGCUACUGCGCCAGUGACCACGAUUGCUCCGCCUGAGAGCACUACCACUGCGCCAGAGACCACGACAACUGCACCCGUGAAUGCGAUUGAUGCGUCUGAACCUUCGACUGUUGCGCAUGUGACCACGUCUUCUGCUCCUUGCACGGUGAAGACUAUGCCGGAAAUCACGACUCCUACGACUGUGACGAUGCGGCUACGCUUGACAGCAUGCAUGAUCACUUUACGUGUACAAAACACUUCCUAA